AUGGAUCAUCCCGAAUCUCGUCUGGCGGAGACGGCCGAGGAGCUGAGCACAGCACUCCAGCCCGCAUUAGUCGCCAAUACCAACCAGAGCGACGUCGACUCCGCCUAUGGUGCAUCAGUUAAUGGAGCAAUGACUGCUUCUCUAGCCAGCUCGGUUCUAAACUACAGAUACGAAAAUGGCCGACGCUAUCAUGCAUACCGAGAUGGCCAAUACCACUUACCCAACGACGAAAGCGAGCAGGCUCGGCUUGAUAUGCUGCAUCAUAUCUUCGUACUUGUUCUUGAUGGUGCAUUGUAUCGUGCCCCGUUGUGCCAUCACGGUCAACCACAGCGAGUUUUGGAUCUUGGUUGUGGCACUGGGCUUUGGUGUAUGCAGUUUGCAGACGAGUUUCCCGAAUCCCUCGUCCUCGGCACUGAUCUUAGUCCCAUCCAACCAAACUGGGUUCCUCCUAACUGUAGAUUCUAUGUGGAUGAUAUCGAGAGUGAAUGGACUUACUCUCCUGGAGAGCACUUCGACUUCAUUCAUGGUCGAGCGCUAUGCGGAAGUAUUGCGGACUGGCAUAGGCUGUUCACCCAGUCACUUGCUAAUCUCAAGCCCGGAGGUUGGAUAGAAAUGCAAGAGUUCUUCUGCAAAGUCUAUAGCAUUGAUGACAACAUCGACAACGCCCCUUACCUCAAAGAGUGGGAGGAGCAAAUAAACGAAGCCAGCAGGAGAUUCGGUAAGGAACUCGCAAAGGCUAAUGUUCUAAAGCGAUACAUGGAAGACGUUGGCUUCGUCGAUGUCCGCGAGGAGAUCUACAAAGUACCGAUUGGGCCCUGGGCUUGGGGCAAGAAGUUCAAGGAACUGGGGAUUUAUUCCCUCGCACAGUUUCUUGAUUCCGUUGAGCCUUUCUCGCUAGCUUUAUUUACUAGAAUGCUUGAGUAUACGGCUGACGAGACCAUGACUAUCAUUGCUAGGGUCAAGAAUGAUUUGGUUAAUCCGAAGUUGCAUACAUAUUUGCACUUUCAUUUUGUUUGGGGUAGAAAGGCCGAUGGACCAGAAUGA